CGCAUGUCCCGUCAUCCAAAUCCUCGACCUGCAGCUGGUCUCCGUCAUCUUUCUUACUCGUCAUGACAUUCAAUCCUCGUGAUAUAGAGCAGCAGGUAUAUGUUGCUUUAUCAAGGUCAAAGAAGGGGAGCCCACUGAGACGGCGUGCAUUCGAUCGGCUCCUAGGCCUCACCCGGGCACCCGAGUCUGCGGCAAAGUCACUGGCAGCUCAAAAGAUUCCUGUCCUAUUCUCCGACUUUCCUGAGCUCGCAGAAGAAGCCAUCAAUGCCAUCUAUGAUCUGUGCGAGGACCUCGAUCCUGAGGUUCGAAUGAGUGGCUACAAGUCAUUGGUACAUAUUUCGGAAGUGGAUUGUAAGCUGGUGAAGAGAAAUACGGAUGUGCUUGUUCAGUUGCUGCAGUGCGACGAGCCACGCGAAGCAUCCGUCGUCAAAGACGCGCUCUGUCGACACCUCGAUUUCGACCCUGUUGUCACGUUUAGCGUUCUCUGUGACCAGAUGACACCUCACGAGCAGCAAAGCAUGGAUGGAGAGCAAGAAAACCAACACCUGCGCGAGUUGGUCAUUCGCUUCCUGGCUCAAGACGCUCGGAACCUCAUUAGGAGACAUGCGGAUGAUCCAGGUAGUGAAUCUGAGAGUAUCAUGGCGGAGAGUUUGUCGGAGGCAAUCGUAAGACCUCCCACGUCUGAUUCGGCUCGCGUUCUUGUCGACCUCAUGUUAUCAAUGUCUUACUUUCGGCGUGAACCUUCCAGGGGGAGGAACCUCCUGAUCGCUUUGAUGAGGCUCAUCGACGCCAGCCUGGAUACAUCCUCUACCAGCGCUUCUAUGCAGGCGACAUUCGAUGGCCUCGAUACCUACUUUGAGCUGGCAGAGACCGUGUCCUUACAGAAGAGACUCGCCUCGCCAUCUGAGCUUCUUCGGUUUUGUCUAAACUCACUGGUCCGGGGAGAUAAACUCAAGCACCUUCCUCGUCAUCUACAGCUGUCGGCUGCUGGCGUUAUAGCGCGGGCGCUCGAUGAGUCGCGGGAUGAACUACGCCUAUCCUCAGAGAUGCGCGAGUUUCAUGCCCUACGCGAUCAGGCGGUCGACGGGUGUCUCUCUUUACUCGAGGUCUUCACAGCACGACAAGACCUGUCGCUGAAACCUGCUGACCUCAAAUCGCUGAGAACAUUAAUCGGCGCUUGCAAAGCUCGAAGCGAUUACACGUCUUGGAAGCCCUCGCCAGUGCUUAAGCAGAUAACCAACAAGCUACUGCAGGUCAAAGAGGUGGACGCAGAUAAGGCACUGGUAGCCCUUGUUAAGUCAUUGGCAUCCGAGCCUCAGCCCCUGCCUUUGGAUAAACCUCAGGCACCCGCGCACGGACCCAGCUCGCUACCACAGAAACCAUCGGGACCUGUUCGGCCUCCAGCAAAACGGCCUGCCCCUACCUCUGACGAAGCGGAGUCAUCUAGAGGCCGCCAACAGGCUCCACAUCUGGACGAUGAACAUCGACACAAGAAACUGCGCAGCGGCGCAGACGCGAAGGGUCAGCCAGUCAACACCCCCGCUCACGGGCUUUCGCUGCUCAGUCGGAUGACACCGUCCUCGCCAUCACCAUCGCCGUUGCCCUCCCUGGACUCGCCCGCGCCUACAUCCCACAUGAGAGGAGCACGAAAGCAGGCGGAUAUUACGAAUCCACGGUCCAUGUCAGAUGAGGCCCCCCAGUCAAACGUCAGUGCGAAUGUCAAGACUCGCAAUACCGCUACCGGCCACAGCGCCAGUGGCGGUCGCCCGUUCUCCCCCGUGGUCGGCUUCAGCAUCAAAGGCGCGGCCGGGCGUGAGCUCCGCGACAGCGGCACCGGGUCCGGCUCGGCAUCGCCUUCGUUGUUGGAGAGAGUAGCGACGAGCUCCCCUGGGUCAUUAGGGGAGCGGUUAGGUGGCGGUGGCGGUGGUGCAAGGAGACCCGGGCGUGGUUUCUAGUGUGUAGUAUAUAUGGGCUAAGAGUAUCCGUUUAUCUAGGUUGUCGGGACUCUCACUACUCAGG